AUGUUCGAGAUUAUCACCGUCGAAGGUCCGAAUGGGCCCGCGAAACUGUACGUGACGAAGAGCUUGACCACGGUGGUCCGAUUCCUACGCUACCCUGGCCAAACGAGAACACUAUGGAUCGAUGCAAUCUGCCUCAACCAAAGUGAUAACGAUGAGUUGAACAAGCAGGUGCCACGAAUGCACGAUAUAUACAGGUUGGCCUGGAUGAGCACGCUGUGGUUAGGAACCGAAGAUGCCAGCAGCACCCUGGCGCUGCGCACGUUCCGCUACCUGGGCAAUCAGAUCGUUGCCGAAGCGGACACUGGCCUGCUGUUCAGUGCUCCCGGCGCCGAAGAGAAGGACUGGUACGACCCUGACUUUGAGCUGCCUUACACACCUGAGACAUGGGAUAGCAUACAAACUCUGCUCCAGCGUCCAUGGUUUCAUCGACUGUGGGUUGUACAGGAGAUCCGCCCGACUGCUGUGGUUCAGUGCGGGUACGAGCGGGUACCGGUCGCUCCGUUUACUGAAGCAGUCUACUGCCUAUAUUCGAAAGCAACUGUGCCAGAUGGCCUUCGAGAACGUCUCGAACAGGCUACAGGUACCAUGGCGCGGCUACCAGCCCUAUGCUUCACACGACUACUCUACCGCGCAGCCACCUUCAAGGCAUGUACCGACCCCAGGGAUAAGAUCUAUGGACUGCUUGGUCUUGCUCCACACAAGGUCGCGGCAAGCAUCAAAGUCGAGUACGACGACAACAACACCGGGGCAGACGUGUAUGCAAUGACAGUACUCAACCACGCCGGGAUAUCGCAGCGACUGGAGCAUUUCCACAAUUGCUCUCAUAAUGGACAGGUCACCGCUGAUGCGCCGACAUGGGUACCCGACUGGGCGUCAGACAUCCCCGGCGAGACCUACAUACCUGCUCAGUUCGUGGCUACCAGCUCGAGGGCGCAUUAUACGGUGACCAAUGCGGAGAACACCCAGCCAGGAAAUAAGUCAAGACCGGAAGUCCUUCGGAUAUGUGGAGUGCGGUGCGCAGAGAUAAGCCAGGUAAGCACGCCUUUGCCAGCGUGGCUCGAUAGGCGGGAAGCGAUCCGUCGCGUUAGGGAGUGGCAGCCGGACGAUUUAGUUACUACAUACCGACCCAUGAACGAAUCGAUGAGGAAGGCCUAUGCCCUCACACUCAACUGCAGCAUCACGAAAGAGCGCGAGCCAGAUUGGAUACUCAGCUCGACGAAUGCUUGGGUCGACCAGGACUUCGGGGAUCAAGCACUCUUUGGUCAGAGCGUGACGGAGUUGCCACGCUCCGCAAUCAGAAGUGAUGUCUCCGACGCUCUUCAAUGUUGCGCCGAUCGCCUCUUCUUCCGUACCAAAGAAGGAUACAUUGGCCUUGCACCGUCAGAUACCCGGGUCGGCGACAUCAUCGCGAUCUUGCUCGGCUGCUCUACACCUCUGGCGUUGCGACCGAGCUCCCGCGAUCCCGACCACUACACCGUAGUUGGUGAAUGCUUCGUAUACGGUUUACAAGAUGGUAACAUGCUCCUCGGCUCAUUACCCCCACCGUGGGUCGGCAUGGCAGCCUGGGCCGAAGGCGAUCGCCGCGUUUUGAGGUUUCUGAACACCGAUAGUCAGCAAGUGAGCAUCGAAGACCCGCGAUUGUCUGGCGAUGAUCUUGAGGGUUGGGAGAGGACGGCCAAGUUGGUGGAUGGUGACGACCCUACGAACUACGACUUCUUUCGGAACAAGGAAACGGGUGAGCUGAUCAAUUACGAUCCGAGGCUUGAACCGGAGAAGCUGGAGAAGAGGGGUGUGAAGCUGGAGUGGUUCUCAUUGGUAUGA